GGAGGAGGAGAAUUGGGGCUCGGCGGCAUGGAACCCGUUCAAGGUGUUAACGACAUUGACAUUGAUAUGUCGCUUUUUGAUUUGGAUCAUCUAAAUCGUCCUGGCCGAUCAACAUCAGCAUUUUCCUACGUCUCUCAGCCAGAACCGAUUAACCUAGAAGAUGAAACAGGUGAUGAAAUUCUGUUUGGGUCAUUGAGGGCAGAUAUUGUUGGCAUCCGGUAUUAUCAUGGAAUGGUGAACAUCGGAGAGAUGGUAUCUCUAGAGCGUGACCCAGCCAAUCGUUACGACCCUAAUGCUGUCAAGGUGAUCAACGUGGAUGGUGUUCAGGUGGGACAUAUCAAGCGGGAACUGGCCAGAGCUCUUGCUGAGGUCAUGGACAACAACCUUGCUAGAGUAAAAGGGACAGUGCCAUUCGGUGCAACAAAUGAAUUCACCAUGCCAGUUGACCUUACCUUCUGGGGAACGGAGAACAAAGACAUCACCCUCAACACAAUGACUGCUCAGGGGUUCCACAUUAGGCAGUCUAUAGAGGAACUUGGUCCCUCCACGUCAGGAGCUGGCAGCUUGGCCGGGUUGAACAGAAUGCUGGAUACGAGGCGUGUCUUUCUUACUCCUGCAGAGGUAAAAGGUGAACUGGACAAACUGUUUGAUGACUUGGAAGAAGGCGAUAAGAUCGAGGCUGAGCCAGCUGCGGCUAUUGUGACAAAGAUGUACCCUCAUCAGAAGCAGGCUUUACACUGGAUGAUGGCACGAGAAAACGGGCAGACUCUUCCACCGUUCUGGGAAAAGAGGGGCAACAACUACUUCAACUCCAUCACUUUCAUCAGCACACAUAGGAAGCCCGAGAGUGUACAUGGAGGCAUCUUAGCCGAUGACAUGGGUUUGGGAAAGACACUGGAGAUGAUUGCAUUGAUUCUUACCAACUUUGACAAGGGCAUGCCCCUGGCUGUACCUGUAGCUGGUGUGGUGAGGGAAACCAAGAAAAAUGUGAAGUGCACAAAGUCUCUUGCUGUGGCGAAAAAGCCCUCAGAAACCCCAGGAUUUAAACCAUCCAAAGUGAAAUUUGAUCUGAGAAGAAGGCUGAAGUUGAGGGAAAGUUUCACAGAGACGAGCACAAAGAAUCCAUCGCCAAUACCUAGCAUGCAUUUCGACUCCAAUGAAGAACCAUCAGGAUUUAAACGGAAAAAAGAUCAACUGGUGGGUAACUUGCAGACAGAUGACCCUUACAGAUGUAGUCCUGUGUUAGAUGAAGACGACAGUGUUACAGCCAUGGAUGGUCUUGAUGCAAAUGUCACGGUGAAACUAGCAGAUCCUGGGUAUAAGCCAGCUCUGCCUGAGACAGAGGUCAGCUUGACCAGGCCAGCCCUGCGUUCUUCCAACAUCAAGUCCAGACCUCAAAGUUCAUCAAGAAAGCCAGCCAGUGAUGAAGAAGAGGACGGGGGUGUGCCUGUCAAGAAAACAAGACUGAUAAGUUCAGCAUCUGCUGUGAUCAAAUCCAGUGAAUGUCAGCCACCUGAAUCCAGGAAAGGAAAAGGUGAAGGGAAGGGAAAAAAGCUCAAAGAAGUUGUGGCUUCAGCAAAAACAGUGGUUACCUGUGCUUUACCUAAUGUACAGUUAACGUGCAGUGUACCAGAACCAGAGGUUACAUGUACUCUUCCAGAACCAGAGCUCACAUGUUCUGUACCAGAACCAGAGGCCACAUGUACUGUUCCAGAACCAGAGGUCACAUGUACUCUUCUAGAACCAGAGGUCACAUGUUCUGUACCAGGACCAAAGGCCACAUGUACUCUUUCACAACCAGAAGUCCAGUGUAUUGUACCUGAAGCAGAGGUGGAGUGCACUCUUCCAGAACAAGAGGUGACAUGUACUUUUAUUCGGUCAGAAAUCAGUUGUAUUGUACCAAAAGGAAAGAGUACAUAUGCUGUAUCAGAAUCAUCUAAAGACAUAGACAUGCCUGAUAUCACUGUCCAGGAAGGUAGUCAGAGUGCACAGAAAAACCAUUCAAAGGCCAUCACAAACACAUUGCCAGGUGGAAUUGUACAGCGGAUUUUUCCAGAUGGAACAUUUGAGACGGUUUUCCCGUCUGGAGUUAUACAGACAAUUCUCCCUUCAGGGGCUGUGAAGACAUCUGUUCCCUCUACAGGUGUUCAGACCAUUCUGCCAAACAGUCAGGUGACUGUAGACCCAGUACAGCUGGCAGUGUUGUCUGACAGACAUUCCAAAGGGGCCAUUGAGUCCUCGGGAGUCAUUACAUCAUUGCCCGCCCCACAGAAUUGUGAACCAUCUAACACCAAGCUCCCAUCUCAUUCACAAGACUCCCGUGCGUCAGUUAUUCCUGACAGUACAUCAUCAGCACAAACAUAUCAAGCUUCUUCGGCUAAAAUUCUGUCUACGGGUCCUCAAGGAUCUCUCCUGGAUACGCCAAGUAUAACUGUCAAAGCUGAUGCGUCAGGGAGUGGAAUUCCUGAAAGUCCAGCAACACCUGUGAUGCUCUUUAUGCCUAACCUGUCUGCGGUGGUGCAGGCGUUCUGCGAUGGUCUCCCUGUCCCGGUGACAAGGGGACAAAGUCCUUGUGCUGAACCUUUGUCUACUAUGUGCGGUUCAGUUGGUCCCACUGCACUGGAAAAAGAUGCAGCAUAUUUGGGUGCGACCAAGAGCCCUGUUGUUAUGAACAAGGGUGCAAACAUACAAACACCUAGUGCUGAGAACUCAAACAUACAAAUAUCAUCUUCUAGUGCUUCAAACAUGCAGAUACCUUCCCGUAGUGCAUGGGUGUCAAACAUACAAAAACCUGCUUUUAGUGCUGGGGUUUCAAAGGUGCUAACACCUUCCUGUACUGCUGGAUUUUCAAACGUUCAAGCACCUUCCUGUAGUGCUGGAGUUUCAAACGUUCAAGCAGCUUCCUGUAGUGCUGGGGUUUCAAACGUUCAAGCAGCUUCCUGUAGUGCUGGGGUUUCAAAUGUUCAAGCAGCUUCCUGUAGUGCUGGGGUUUCGAAUGUUCAAGCACCUUCCUGUACUGCUGGAGUUUCAAAGGUCCAAACACCAGGAAUUUGGAAUGGAGUAUCAAAGGCACACACAAUAUCCACCUGUACUACAACGUCAGGUUGUGCCUUACAUAUUGCGUCCACCUCUUGCGAUGCAAAUGGUUCCAAGCAGUCUGGUGCAAACCAUGGCUCACAAUCAAAGAAGGUCAACGCUGAAUCUCUGACUCUAUCACAGUUGCUACAGCUAGGAAAGUCCAAGUCCAGCUUUGUGGAUCUGUGCCUGGAUGAUGAAUUGCCUGAUAUUUGUGUUGUUGAUGAUGAUAACGAUUCAGCAGGUGCUGGGCCCAGUGGGUUACAGUCUUCACACCCAGCAAGCUACAGUCGGCCUUCUUCCAGUGUAUCACCACAGACAACAUCCAGAGCUUCAUCAGGUGCACCGUCCAGGGCGUCGUUGAGUGUGGCCCCCGCCCGGUCAGGCCACACACAUUCAGAUGGUCCCCGUGGUACACUUAUCAUUUGUCCUCUCUCCGUCAUGAGCAACUGGGUGGAUCAGCUUGAGCAGCACGUUCAUCCGAAUGUCAAGUUGGAGGUGUACAUGUACCAUGGACCUAAUCGUAUUACUAACGCCGAAUUUCUAAGCAGACAGGACAUAGUCUUAACAACGUAUUCCACCGUCGGCAUGGACUCUAAGUGUCGCCACGCGCUGAGGUCUAUAGAGUGGCUGAGAAUCGUCUUGGAUGAGGGACACGCCAUCAGGAACCCCUACACUCUGCAGACUAGGGCCAUUAUGGACCUGAGAGCCCGCAGGAAAUGGGUGCUUACAGGAACGCCUAUCCAGAACUCAAUGCAAGACUUGUGGUCUAUCGUGAAUUUCCUCCAGAUCAGCCCAUUCACAGACAAGAAGUGGUGGGAUCGAACCAUAGAGCGGCCGUUGUGUAACAGGGAUAAGUCUGCUCUACAGAGAGUCCGUCAGCUAAUUGGGUUGAUUGCGCUGAGGCGCACCAAGACACAGGAGAUGAAUGGAAAGCCGCUCCUGGACUUGCCUGAAAAGCGCAUCUUCGUCGAACACAUCAAGCUGAGUGAUGAGGAGAGAAAAUUGUACGACUCCAUGCAGAACACUGGACAGCUCAUUAUCUGCAGUUAUUUUAACCAGGGCACUCUACUGAAUCACUACGGGGAAGUGCUAGCCAUCCUGAUGAGGCUGCGGCAACUCUGUUUGCAUCCUCGACUAGUUGCCAAGGCAGCUGCAAUGGCCACUCAGGCAGUGGAAUCAGCUCCCAAAGACACGAGUGAAGAUGAGAUGAAGCAGGGAUUGGUGACGGCGCUGUUAGAGGUUCUCCAGUCUGGCUCCGAUGAGGAAUGCUCCAUUUGUUUCGAGUCACUGCGUGACGCCGUUAUUACGCCCUGUGCGCAUGUAUACUGUCGUACAUGCAUUGAAGCCGUCAUCCAAAAUGAACAGCCGGAAGCCAAAUGCCCACUUUGUCGUGGAGAUCUGAGGACAGAACAGUUGAUUGAGGUUCCCCCGGAAACUGAAACGCCUCAGAGACAGACAUUCUCUGAUGGGGACUUUCAGUCUAGUUCCAAGGUGGAUGCCCUGCUAAAUGCACUGAUCACUCUACGGCAGCAAGACCCGUCCAUCAAGAGCCUCGUCGUCUCACAGUUUACCUCGUUACUUCAGCUCCUGGAGAUUCCUCUCAGAAAACAAGGUUUCAUAUUCACCAAGCUGGAUGGCACCAUGUCAGCCACACGGAGGAUCCGGUCCAUUGCCGAAUUCUCUGAGACAGGCCCUGGCACCCCUGAAAUUAUGCUACUCUCACUCAAAGCUGGAGGGGUGGGGAUCAACCUGACGGCUGCCACACAGGUUUUCCUCAUGGACCCGGCCUGGAACCCUGCUGCAGAAGAGCAAUGUUUUGAUCGCUGUCAUCGCCUGGGCCAGACCAAAGAUGUGACUGUGACUAAGUUUGUGGUCGAGGACUCGGUAGAAGAGAAGAUGCUGGAACUACAGGAGAAGAAACGCCAGCUGAUGCAAGGCGCAUUCGGCAAGAAGCCCAACGCCGAGCAGCGUCGUCAGCAAAGGAUCGAAGACAUCCGGAACUUGAUCAACUUGAAGACCUCACCUGAAGAUGAUCAAUGAUGUCCGUAAUUUGAUCAACUUAUUGCCCUCACCUGUGGAGGAUCAUUGACAUCUGGAACUUGAUUGACUUGUUGUCCUCACCUGUAGAGGACCAGUAGAAUCUGGAGCUGGAUCAACUUGAUGUUCUCACCUGUAGAGGACAAGUAACAUCUGGAACUUGAUCAACUUGUAGCCCUCAUCUGUAGAGCAUCAAUGACAUCCAUACUACAUCACCUAUGGGACCACUGUUUUUACUUUUGGACUUAACCAAUAUACAAUUUUUUACAUUAUUUUCAUCGAUUUUUUAAAAAUAUUUUUAUAUUUUUAAUGAAAUCAUAGUUUCUUGUAUUCAUCAGAGAUUGUCUUUGAAUGAAGAAACACAAUCUGUCAUGACCGUGGAUUUUGUGUAAAACGUCAGUGUUUUAAAACGUGUCAGACUUUUGCCAUUGUGGCCUGUUCAUUUUAACAGGACUGUUGUAGGGUGGCAUGUUGUCACACUUCUGGUGUAGAGGUGACUUAGUCAAACUUACCCAGUAUUGCCUUGACUUCAUUUCAUAUCUUGAUAAAAUGUAAAAUAGAAUGUGUUCACAACAAUUUAUUUAAGACAAAUGCAUGUAUCCAGUGUUUUUGUGCUUUUUAAAAAAAUAUGUACAUUCUAAAGUUUAUUCUUCAACCUCAGAGUAAACUGCAUGGACUACUGAAAUUAAUAUCAAAGAGCUGAUUCCUGUAAACUGUAUGUUUCCAGUGUGCAUGUACCAUUUCUAAACCACUUUCUGAUAUCAAAUUUUAGUGCUUGUACCAUUUCUAAACCACUUUCUGAUAUCAAAUUUUAGUGCAUGUACCAUUUCUAAACCACUUUCUGAUAUCAAAUUUUAGUGCAUGUACCAUUUCUAAACCACUUUCUGACAUCAAAUGCCAGUGCAUGUAUCAUGUCUACAUCAUUUUCUGAUAUCAAAUUUUAGUGCAUGUACCAUUUCUAAACCACUUUCUGAUAUCAAAUUUUAGUGCAUGUACCAUUUCUAAGUCACUUUCUGAUAUCAAAUUUUAGUGCAUGUACCAUUUAUAAACCACUUUCUGAUAUCAAAUGUUAAUGCUUGUACCAUUUCUAAACCACUUUCUGACCUCAUAUGUCAGUGCAUGUACCAUUUCUAAACCACUUUUUCUGAUGACGAAUGUCUGUGCACAUACAUUUCUCUAGCACUUUCUGAUAUCAAAUUUUCGUGCAUGUACCAUUUCUAAACCUCUUUCUGGUAUCAAAUGUUAGUGUAUGUACCAUUUAUAAACCACUUUUCUGAUGACGAAUGUCUGUGCGCAUACAUUUUUCUAGCACUUUCUGAUAUCAAAUUUUCGUGCAUGUACCAUUUCUAAACCACAUUCGGAUAUUAAAUGUCAGUACAUGGACAUCAGCCUACAUUAUAAUUGCACUGUCUUAAAUGUGGGACUCCUCGAACACACAGAGACGUUGAUUUUUCUUAAACCUGGACAACAGUGGACAGUGUACCCCCAAAAUCACAUAUUUUUUGGCCCUGCUGGCAUACAUGUACCUAAUAAGGUUUUAGUUAGACUGAACAUCAAUUUAAUGCAGACGUAUUAGUUCUCCAUGUACACAUGCAUGUCUGCCAAAUUUACAGGACAGCUAAUCAGAAAUUGAUUUUCUUUUGUUAUUUGGUUAUUAUGAUUUAUGCUGACGUGUCCUUUGGUUUUGGUACCAGGAACUACAAAACUUGUGAACCAGUAGUUGUCACCAUCAGCGAGAACUCAUGAAACAUUUUAAGCAAUCCAAGGGUUCCGUCAAUCUAAUGAUGAACAUCGCUGCAUUAAGAUCUUCGUGUACUUUGGAAGAUGAGCUAAUGAAAGCAAAAGUCUCUCUGCGCGGGUUUUCUCAAAUUCUCUAGUGUUAAAGGUAUGAUUCAAGGGAAUUUGAAUGAAGAUUGACCAUGUAAAGGUUCUCAGUGUUAUAAGCUUGAUGCAAUGGUACUGGUCGCAAUGUGUCUCCUUGGUGGAAGUAAUCUGAGAUGUGUGGGGGAAACUUUAGCAUCACUGGCUAUAAAGGGAAGGUAUUCCAAUGGCAGUAUCUGUGAAAUGACUAGUGUCAAAGACCUACAUUAGUAGGUAGAUGUUCAUGCAAAUGUUGCAAGUCUUGAUUUUUGUUGUCUUGGAUGUUCUUGCUGUAGCUAUUACACUUUGCUUUUUGGGUUUUUUUUUGUGUGUUUGUUUUGAAUCGUUAUUAGGAAUGUCUAUUCUUUAUCGGUUCAUGUAGAUCACAGUAC